CUUAUUAUCGCCCUCUUUUGGUCAUACAUUCACCCUGUAGAAGCGGGUAACGGAUAAACAGCAGCGCAUCCAGCAAUAGGCUUCCAGAUGGACAGCGCUGAGGGAAAAGACACACUCGAACUCUCUGAGGAAGCAAGAGUUAUUACCACAUUCCGAUAAAAUGAAGGUUACGUUCACGGGUCUGGCCGGUUUUGUGGCCGUCUUCGGGGUCCUCAGCUUUAUUGGACUCGUUCUGGCAAUUGGAACUGAUUUUUGGUACAUCAUUGACACUUCUAAGAGGGAAAACAGCUCGUCUGUAUCCCUCAGCUCCCAUUCUGGACUCUGGAGGACUUGUAACUUUCAUAACCAGUGCUGGCCAUUUAUGAAUCCUUUUGGAGCAGGAAGAAACUUGUCAGAUUCACAAAGACAGAUACUAAACAUGCAGGGAACGUUCAUCAUCCUGCUGCCGCUCAGCGUGAUCCUGCUGUUUGUUGGAGGAAUGCUGGGCUUCAUCAGUUUGCUGGCACGAGCGUAUGUACUGCUGCUGCUGACCGGGGUGCUGCUUCUUUUCGGUGCUGUGCUCUCAUUGGCUGGCAUCUGUGUCUACAUGGCGUAUUCUGCUGCUGCCUUCAGAGAGGCCGUGGACAUAUCUGGACACAAGACCCUGCAGGACAUCGAGAUUUACUUUGGCUGGUCUCUGAUUCUAGCCUCUGUGUCUUUUGUUGGAGAACUGUGUACUGCUGUGGCUUUCCUGCUGACCUCAGUCAAAGUGAGCCAGCAGACCAAUCAGGAGCAAGACGAAUAACAGCUAUCCCACAUGAACUCAAUCAGGACUGUGCUGAGGACGGCACCAUGUGAGGGCAUUGAAAAAUGACAUACAGUACAAACACUGAAAAUAAAGUUGAUGUUUACAUGUAUAUUUUUUAUCUUUUAAAGGAAAAUGGAAAUGUCAGCACAAAUUUAUUUCAAUGUUCUCCAUUGAAGGAUUAAUUCAGCCCAAAAUGAAAUUGGCUGUUUAUUUAUUCAAUCUUUUUUUUAUAGGGUAUCCAAAAAGGUGAUGCAGCAUCAGCUCACAUACAGUAUAUUGUAAAAGUCAUAGGUAAUCAUUUUGACUGUCAAAGUGCCAUUAAUGUUUCAUCACCAUCACAAUUUCAAAAAAUAAUAAUAAUGAACUAUAAUAAUAAAUAAACAUUUUAUAAUAUUCUACUGAAGAAAAAUAUAUACUACAUCUUGGAUGGCCUUGGUUAGGUUUACUGUAAACCGUAUGACCUUUAAGGGCAAAUUACAGAUUUAAUGUUUGUGAAUUACAUAACGUUUGUGUCAAGAAAAAAAAAACUAUGUUAAAUGAAUUGUUAAAAAAUUAUAAUAAUAAUCCAUGUCCAAAAUUAUGAAAUAUCAGAGUGACGCUAAAAAUAUCCCAUUGAAUAAUGAUUUUAUAACGGUGGUUUGUUAUGUAGACAAUCAGAUAUAUAUA